UACCGUUUGGCGUUUACGUUUGUGUUGUCUUUGACUUAUCGUAAGUGCUCCGCGCAGUAGAAAGUGGUUUAUUUGUAAAUAUUAAAAAAUUGUAAAUAACAAUAGUGCUUCAUGUUUUGAGCAGCUAAACUGUGAAUUUAUUAACAGUGAUAGUGUUUUAUGGAUAAAAUUUCUUUCGUGAGGAUUUAUAGAGCCCUUUGAGGCUGAUCGCUAGUUAUGGUGAUGGAGGCAGAUCCGAUUGCUGGGAAACGUUCAGAUGAGAGAGUGCACAGCGCGUCGCUGAGAGCGCGGGCGGGCGGUGACGUCAUAACUCCCGAGCGAUCCGUCAGCUCUCUGGACAUGGCGUACACGGCGCCCAGCAACUUGGUACUUACGCCGGCACCGGAAUGUCGCAAGCUCUCCCGAGGGAUCUCGCGGGCGACAGACAACGAAGGGCUAGUAUGGGCGCUGCGAAGUAACACCGAUCCGGAGCCGAACACGUUAAGCUCAGACCACAUCCUACUGCUUCCAGAUAUAUCCGUCUACCCGCCAGAUUUUAGAACAUUCUUAGAGAAAGAUCUCCUGGAGACGGCGACGUUGGUGACUCUCGAGACAGCCAACAUCUUAAACUGGUGGCGGCACGGGCGAGUGCCGGGGGCGCCGCGACUACUCCCUUUAGCGACGUCGGGUGACGGCAACUGUCUACCCCACGCAGCUUCACUGGCAGCUUACGGUUUCCACGACAGACUGCUGGCGUUGAGGACAAAGGUCCAGGCCCUGCUGUCUGGUGAAGGCGGUGAAACACUCACAAAAGCGAUAAAGCGGCGCUGGCGGUGGUCGGAGUCGGUGUCGCUGCGCUCGGCGGGGCUGACGCCGUCGGAGGCGGAGUGGGAGCGCGAGUGGGCGGACGCGGUGGCGGCGGCGUCGGCCGAGCCGCGCGCGCCGCAGCCGCACGCCGCGCCGCACUACGCCGGCCUCGACCAGCUGCACGUGUUCGCGCUCGCGCACGUCAUGCGCCGCCCCGUCGUCGUCUUCGCCGACGUCGCGCUCCGGGAUUUCCGCGGCGACCCCAUAGCCCCCAUUCCCUUCGGCGGCGUGUACCUCCCCCUGGAGCUGGACCCGUCGCUGUGCAGCAAAGCGCCGAUCCUGCUGGCGUACGACGCGGGGCACUUCUCUGCGCUGGUGCCGUGCGAGCCGCUGCCCACGGACGGGGCGAGGGUGCCGCUCGAAGAUAAUGCUGGGAACCCCAUGCCUAUCAGAUUCAACGUCGAUCCAGGCGAAGACUUCCGCUGGGACGUAGAGCCCGACCAAAAGACCAUAAACAACAUACUCCCCGACGAAUACCAACGCUCGUCGAUGCUGGCUGCUUAUCUGGACCUCGAGAGGGUCGAAUGCCUCUCACCGAGCCAACCUUCAGAGGAACUGAGGCGGUCACUCGACGCGCUCUCAACAAAGAGUUCCAAGCAAUUGAAUUCAGUGGCUAAGCAAUUCGGAAGCAUUGGCAGAUCUAUGAGCAGUAAAAUAAAGAAGAAUUUCGGUUCCAUGGCUAAGUUGACGGGCAAGAGUAGCGGCAGUCAGAGUAAUCCGGAAGAGGGCUUGCUGCGGCGACAGUCCACGUGCGAAGUGCUGUGCUGUCGCGUGUUGGCGGCGAGGGCGCCCGUGCAGGAGGAGAUGGUCAAGAACUACCUUAACGAGGCUUGGAUUGGCUACACGGCGGAGAAGAGCCGCAAGGAGUCGUCCGCGCAGGCGGUGUCGGCGCCGCGCUACGGCACGGGGCGCUCGCAGUUCUACGCGGAGGCGGGCGGCGCCGCGCACCUCGCCGCGCGCACCGCCGCCGCCGCGCGCGCGCCCGACCGCACGCUCUACCUGUCCCGCUCCACCUUCUACGACGACCGGCCGCCCGCCGACGCCGAGCCGGCCCCCGCGCCCCCCGCGCCCCCCGCACACCCCGCACACCCCGCCCCGCGCCCCUGCCGCGCGCCGCACUGCAUGUACUACGGCAGCGCGGCCAACGACGACUACUGCUCGCGGUGUGCGCGCCUGCACUGACACUCCUCACCCCUCACACACACGCCGAUCCCUCACUGAACUGCAAGAGUUGUUUGUCUAUGAACUGUGUAUGACGAAGGCUAAUAAACAAUAUCACUGUUGUACUGUUAUAGAAACUAUAAUCAUAGAUAUUGUGAACAAAAUAUUGUAAUUGUUCUCAUUAAAAUUAUGCUCUUCGCUUUACUGUAUUCUGGUCCAAUUGGAAUGUAUAUGUAUCCUUCAUACAAAUCGGACAACAAAUCUGGAAACUGAUUUAUACGCAAACAACUUGUUUCAAUAACACAUUUGUAAACAUAGAAAUAAAUAUGUUAAUAAGUUUCGUAGAUAUGCAGUGGCGAAUACAGUGAUAUUUGCACAUAAAGUAUAUAAAUAUCGAAAUUAAUUUUCAACAAUUUACAUUUCUAAUCUUCAGUUCAAACAAAGUUAAUAUCUCUAUCACACCCAUAAUCUAAUGAUUAAGUGUUAAAAGUAUAUUUAUCUUGUGUGAGAGUUUUAAAGUCCCAUUCUUAUCGACAACAGACACUGUUUGGUCACAAGUUUUCUUUCAAAUCGUGUCGUGAUGUGUUUUGGGUUGAGUGGAUAUAUUUUAAUUUUAUUAAUUAAUCGGUCGUAAAUAUUAAUGUAGCUAAAGAGUAGCGAGGCUCAGUGACGAAUUUUACUUUAUUAAGUUGUCAUACGUGUUUGACAAUACACUUAAUUUUGUUGUAUCGUUAAACAACAGCGUAAUUCGUGCGCAGGAGCACGUAGAUUCGAGUCUUACCCGUUUUCCGACAAGUAUUGUUAUAUACCUAGUGCCAAAAUGUGGCUUCUAAAUAUACAUUAUAGUAUUCAAACGUAAAGACUUAGAGCGAGCGUUAAGCGACUGAUGUGUUCAAAUUUCAGUGCCAGGUAAUAAACGGGAAUGACAAUACGAGCCGACCGCGGAAACUAUUUCAUAAUAUUUUGUGAGAUACAAAAAUUAUUGAAUGUUUUCAAGGCUCACACGAGGGCGACGCAUAGGGUUCAUUGUUUUAAAGGCAGCACAGGGUGACAUACCUAUAUUUGUCACGCAUAAACGUAAGAAUGUAAACUAAGCUAGGUUGUUGCGCUUUAAAUUGGAAACGCAUUGUUACAAGAUCAAUAUGUUGUAAGGAUAUGUACCUAAAGACUAUAAUGCAACUGACAAACAGAAUAGCCUUUUGGAAUUGUGAUUUAGAAGUUAUCAUUAAAUAUAUUCGUUCAUUUAUCAUCCGACUACCUCACACUGCAGCAGUUUCAUCAUACAUUAUAUUUUGUUAUGAAUAUACUGGAGUUAUUGUUUGGUCUCAGGGUAAUAUUCGAUACACUAAUAAUUCUAAUGUAUUAGUGAAAUAUCCCCUUUGUUUGUAAGAAAAAUACGAGCUUGGAGUGCAUUCUCCGUCCUUGUUUUGCUUGAUUUUAGGAUAUAAACGUUAAAACUAAAACAUUUUUGAUCUUCUAGUCCUCUAUCAUUAGAAUAGUAAUGUGCGAGUGCUUGCGUGAAAGUGGAUAUGUAGAAAAUGUAAACUGGAUUUAAAACAAACAGUUUGAAUACUUAGAUCGUAUAAAUGUAAAGGAAAUAUCUUUUAAACAUUGUUUGACAUAUUCGAGUAUUAUUCCUAGUGUUAUGCGAAAAACUAUUAGAUAUAGUCAAUGUUUGAUAUUAAAUUUGAAGUGAAAUUGUGUAAAAUUUUACGGAAAUUACCUAUAAGUCCAGAUUUAGAUAGCGUUAUGUGAAUGUGUUGAUUUGUGGCAUGAAACAUACUAACUUCCCCACCUCUGUUAUGUUUAUUUUGUUAUGUUAUUCUUACGCGUGUAAUAGUUGAAAUGAUAGUUGUGAAGGCAUAUCGGUAAUUUUAUUAACCUGAUUUUGCAUUACAUUGAUAAAAUAUCUUGGUUUUAAUUACAAUUCUUGGUUAAAUUUUGUAUUUGUCCAUUGUUUUAAUAUAUUUGAAAUAGCAUAAGAGAGUAAAACGACCUGAAUUUCCAGUGAAUAAAAUAUAUGAGAAAAUAGGUCCCCAAUUGUUAUUUGCAAAAAUAUUUUAAGAUUUCUUCCCCUAUUACGAUAACAAUAAGUCAAACUAAAUUUAAAUCUAUUGAAUAUUUUUAUAGCUCUAAAAGAUCUGUAAAUUAGUUUUGUUUAUAAUAAGUAAGUAUACAUGACAAAUACAUAAUAAUAACAUAAUAACUAAAAUGUAUAAUACAUUAUGUAUAGCAGAAGGUUAAAAACAGAGGGUAAAUAUUAUAUUUUUUCAUAAAUUGUAACUAUAUAGAUACAGCAUAUCAUGUUUUGUAGAAAUAUAAAUGGUUAUAUGCAAAUCAUA